AUGCAUAAGGGUAAGAACCCACGGAGCAGUUCAGUCUCCUGCGAUAGAUCUCUGCUGUCUUUCCACCGGCGAUGCUUAUUGUUGCCAGUAUAAAGCCAUUUUGAAGUGAUUAGUUGCUCUUUUUCUUGUUUUCCGAAGUCGCACAAAGCUGCCUGCUGGAGGAAACUUUGCACGACUUUGGAUUACCGGCACCCCACUAGGUAAUAUCUUGCCACCAGGUUUGGUCUCUACAGUGAGCACUGGUUAUGGCCAAACUUGGUUAUCUUUUAAAGGUACUUAUAGGUGUGGGGCUUUAUCGUGUCAAACCUUAAUGUGGGAACUGAAUUUAGCUCUAAUGUUACAGGUUUGACUUACCAGAACAUGUUGUGACUGCAAAACCAAAUGUGUGAUUUAUUUUUUAGAAUGUAAAUGGUGUUCAAAACAAUAUGUAGGAUAUGCCACCCAUUGCUCAUGUGUCAGAGUGAAAGACUACAUUGAUGUAAUAGAAAAAGGUGAUGGCAGGUCCCCCAUAGGGAGAUAUUUUAAAAUAUGUUCUACAAAAGGAAUAGGUGACUUUAGUUUGAAAACCAUCACAAGUACUAAUUCCAUUAAGAAAGGGAGAUUUUAUGCACCCCCUUAAUUUAUGGGAAGUUUAUUUAAUCCCUUAAAAGGUUAAAAUCCAAUACAAGAUAUGAUAUUAAUUAUCUUUAUUGAUAUCAGUGUCUUAAUAGCAAUUUAAGAUUAUACUUAACAAGAUUUUUUAUAUUUAUAUGGAAAGGUCAGUCUAGAAAUAAUGCACAUGAAAAUGUAUAUUUCUUAAUCCUUGUUUUUAUCCUGAAGUGAGGUUUUUAACAAAUAAAAAAAAAACUUUUAUUUUAUUGAUUGUUGGAAGAGAAAUUGUACUGAUUUGUAACCACCAGAGGUCUCUGUAGUGUUGGCUAUUUAAACUUCAUUGUUAUAAGCCUAUGGUUAAGGGUUAACAAAGCCAAAUAGCGCCAGGCUUGUGUUCUGGUGUGAAAGCUCUGAAUAAAGAAGCUGUUCCUUAAGAUCCGGAAUGCAGUCCUCUCCCCUUUAGGAUGAUUGAUUGCUGCUGGGGGGAGAGCUUCUGAUUGAAAACCAGUGAGACUGAGAAGAGCAGUGCUGCAUCUGAGGAACAGGAGUAUUAAGCUGCUUUGGGUGAGUUUGAGUGACUUUUUCAGUUGUUGAGUACCGGAGCAACAGGCACUGGCUGGAGAUGGAUGAGCUUUUGCUUUAUGGAAUGAGUUCCACCGAGCUCAACACCUCAGUGACUGAGAGCGGUCUGCCGCCAAAACGUGCUCCCAGCAGCAGCUCCUCAGUACAGCAGAGCCAGGCUGCGGAGUCCCCUCUCUACAACAGGCAGCUGCGAUUAAUCACAAUGAGUGUUAUCUUUGCUGUGGCACUGGUGGGCAAUGUAGUUGUCCUGUACAAAAUCUGCAGUGGCAAGGACAAGAAAAGGAAGAUUAACUUCCUCAUCACACAGCUGGCUCUGGCAGACCUCUAUGUGUCAGUAAUGUCUCUGCUGUCUCAAAUAGUCUGGGAGCUGCUGGAGGAUGAGUGGCUGGUGGGCGAUUUAGGCUGCAGGAUCUUUAAAGUAUUCCAAGUUUCAGGGUUGAUGGCAUCUUCAAAUAUAAUUGCUAUAGUGGCCCUGGAGCGGCACCAUGUUAUUAUGAACCCCCUAAGCACUCCUCUGCCAACUCGAUCAAUGGCAGCUUUUGGAUGGAUGUUUGCAUUUCUCUUGUCUGUGCCCCAGGCUUUUGUGUUCAAAGCUGCUUACACUGGGCAGGGCAACAGGUGUCUCAACAUCUUCGGACAGUUGCCCAAGUGGCACCUGCAGGUGUACAUAAUCUACUGUUCGCUCAUAGUUUUCAUCUUGCCUUUCUGCAUCCUGUGUGUUGCAUACACUCGCAUUCUUUGGGUCAUUUGGAAAAGGGGCAAAGCCUGCAAGACCUCCAGGCACCACAACGGAAUGUGCAAAGUCCAAGAAAAUCAUACAGAAUUUAAGCGGCGAUCGCUGAGGCUGACAGCUACAAACAGCUGCAUUCCCAGAGCCAAGCUGAAGACCCUUAAGAUGACUUUGGUCAUCAUCAUUCUGUUCAUAGUGUGCGGACUCCCUUACUUCAUUGUGGAAUUAAAGGUGGCAUUUGCAACCAUUACUGGGCUAGAUGAGAAGGUCAUGGCAGUGUUGGGCAUCUUUGUAGUCACUAACAGUGCAGUUAACCCUUAUGUCUAUCUGUUCUUCAAAACCAACAACAUGUUUCUGAGAAGGUUAGAAAAAAAAGUGUGCUUCUCCUGCUGCCUAAAGGAGCACAGAGAGAUCACCUUCUGCAGGGAGCUCUCACCUCCCCACUCACCGCCCCCAAAGAAAGAGCCCCCCAGCACCAGCACAUCGGAGAUGGAUGUAUCUUCUGCCCAGCGACGAUCCUUGUCCCAUGAGCAUCCUGAGGCACAGGGAGAAAAGGGCACUGAUUCCAUAUGUGAGAGCCGUAUGUAAGGGACUGGCAAUUGCCCAAACCUGCACUGCACUUCUAUGCACAAAUGUGAUCUAGUUCCCUCGGCUUUACUCUGCAGGCUGCCCUGAGAAUUUCUUUGCUACAUAUUCAGCCUUAUCACUUUGCUUUCCCACCAAUCCCUGCACCUUUCCUUUAUUACAAUCUACUCAAAUACACAUACCACCUGUCUACUCACCCACAAGUCCCUGCACCCUACUCUCCCUAUACAUUCGUCUGUUCUCUCACAUAUCACUGAAAUCGUCUGUCCCUAUACAUCCUAUUUUCUCCUCUCUCAGAUCGCUGAAACUUUCUCUCUACAGACUACUACUGAUCUACACAUCUUACUCUAUCACACAGAACCUGAACCUAUUUUCUCUACAGACUGCUGGAAUUCACAUUCCCUUGCUCUGCCCUUUCACAGAUCUUUGCACUAUUCUCUCCCUACAGGCUACGGACCUGCACAUUUCACUUGUUUCCUCUCCCUCAAGCCCCUUCAUUCUUCCUUACAUACACAAUUCUCUUUUUUGCUCUCACUCAGGUCCAUGAACUCUUCAUUUAGGCUACUACUGAUCUACACUUCCCCAUCUCUUUUGUCUCACAGAUCUAUGCACUCUUCUUUCCCUGUCACACUUUCUCUCACUUUCUAAAAUGCCCUUAGAGCCAUCCUUCCCUCCACAUUCUUAUUCUUUGCCCUCACAGAUCCCCACACCCUUCUCUCUCCCUAUGGUUUACACAUUCCCUUUCUAUCCCCCCCCCCCCCAGAUUAAGUUGAUGAUAAUGCUCAUACUACACAACUACUUUACUUUGCCAUUUAUAGUAUACAUGACUCAUGCAAUAAACUGUACCUUGUAGUAUACUGCUAGAGAAACUAUACAUAAAAGCAACAGAUUGUCAGUCUAUAAUGUAUUUUAUGUAUGUAUUUCCUCAAGGGUCAUUUACUUAACUCACCUGAUAUUUUUGAAGAAGAAAAGCCCCGUUUUUUUAAUUUACAGUGUGUAUGCCACCUGCUACUACUCAAGAGAUACAUUUGGUGGUGGUACUGGCUCUAUGAUCUUGAGCCCCCAGUAUACUAUUUAAUUAGAUGCUAUGUUAGCAGAUAGCAUUACCCCUGUAAUUUGGUGUGCAAACAAUAACAGAACAGGAUACUGACAAGUGACAGCUUAUGUGACAUUGAUAGCUUUUUGAGUGGAAGUUUUUGUGUAGUACAAUCUGUUGUUGCUUUGCACUCUUUAUUGUAUUGUGUGUUUCACUGAUAGAUGUUGCAAAGGGACACACAGCAAGAGGCUACCAUUGAUGUAUAUUGUACUUUUUUGUGACAGUGACAUUUCUUAGUAAUGUAGAUUAUAGAGUACAGUAGAGAGAUGAACGCUGUGACUCCCCACCUGCUGCUAGAAUGAUUAUAGAAGGAUGCAACAGUGAGAUGGAGCUUUGAGAUUUAUUAUCUUUUACAUGACCAAAUCAAUAGACUCACAAAGGAUCAUGAAGUCACUAAGGCAAGUAAAGCUAGUAGUCACAGUAUUUUCAAAGUUUGUACAAUCAUUAUAUAAUAGAAAAAGACUUAAUGGGUCAUUUACAACUUUGCAGGGUAUAACAUGCAAAAACGUGCAAUCUGUAAUUUUUAGCACUUUGUAUUUUGCUUUUUUCCCUUGGGGAUGUUCCACAGGUCUCUGUGGUCUUUUGUAGUGCAGAAACCUGUGGCCAGCCUCAUGAACAAAGUGCUGCCUCUCAUUGGCUGCCUUGUAUUCAAGGGGGCAGGAGGUGGGAUGCACAUAGGCAACCCCUGCCUGCCCCCUAGCUUGGAUUUCACUCAGAUGCACAAGUUAUGGAGUGGCUGAGGUUACUAUGGGGCCUUGGGCUCUCCUGCACUGUACUCUAAAUUCAUGUAGGAUUUUUUAUCCUGUGGAAGAUGCAGAGCACAGCCAAUUCCCAGGCAGAAGUACUCCAUGCAUGAGUGCUGAGGGCAAGGGCACACCAAGCAGACUGACCACUUUCCUCCACAGGUGGUUUUUACAGACGCAGAGGAAAGUAGAUCCACUCUUAAGCGCACACCUCUGUAGCUCCAUUGACAGGCCAGGCGUCGGCCAGUGUGGAGCUACACAUAGCACAAAUCAGCAUAAGAACACAGUAUAUUUAUCAAGCUGUGUAAAAAGUGGAGUGAAACAUUACUGGUGAUGUUGCCCAGGGCAACC